CCCGCCCAAAACAAUCAUGGUUGACAGCGAAGAUGCAAAGACAAUCACGUUGUGAUACAGUAAACAACCGAAAAACGCAACAGUUUAAGUGCAAAACAACUAGAAAACGAAAUUACCGAAGUCUUCGCAGAAAGAGAAGCAAAAUCAGGUACUACAAUUCAUUAAAAUUGCACAGAUACAAACGAAACACCGACAGUUUAUGCGAGUCGAUUGCAGUGUUCGAUAUUACCGACAUGGAGUGCCCGCCUGUUAGUCAAGUCGGUUUGCCGCAAGAUGUCGCCGACUGGCACAAAAAAGAACAAAUCGCGUAUUGGAAAUCGCGCGCCAUAAGUUUGGAGUACGAAAAUCGAAUGCUUUAUCAUCAUUUAAAGCACAUGUAUGUCACGCAAAUUGAAGAUUAUGGCAAUAAAGAAGAGUUUAGUGCAGUAGAAGUCGAGAAGGAGGCCGAAAAAGUGAUUCCUAAGGAACCUGAAGGCAAAAAACGCGAGUUGGAGAUGAAAAAAAUUUACGGUGAAAACUACGCUAAAAUCAUGGGAAUGGAGACUGCAAUGCAACUUAAUUUCGAGAGGCACAGCGAAAAUUUGAAGGCGCCUCAUUGGCCAAAUGUCCCAUUAAAAUUUUAAUUUACAUUUUUAUAUAGGAUUAAUAAACUUUUAAA